AAAGGAGCUGCUGCGUUGAGUGGUGGGAUCCUUGACACGUACUACGGGGACUGGAAUGAGAGCAUGACCUUUGGUUAGUCCAGCGUUGUGAAGCAUACUACGAAACCCACAGUUAAUGGUUUCGCAGCUAUCAUGGUGUUAAGAUUCGAGCCCAACAAUGAAAACGCUAUCGAACCAUUGGCGGGAGCCAUGUCUCUGUCUUCAGUGUUGGCAGCGGCAAAACCCUCAUUCACCAACGAAGCGCAGUACAAUCCUACGACGAUCACAAGGUCUUGUCCAACUGGCUCUGAAUGGGCUUUCAGUGGAGUACUUCCACCUAGGGCGUACGAGCCACUAUGCUCCUGCAUGCUGAACACGCUGCAAUGUACCGCGAAACUAGGUGCGGUCGAGACACUCUCCGAUAGCAUGAUGUACAUGACACUACUCGAUGCAUGCGGACCCGAUAGGGAAAAGGACUGCGGGGCCAUUGUAACAAAUUCCACGACUGGCAAAUAUGGGGCAUACAGGUAGGAUACGCCGCUCAGCUUGAUUGGCUGUUCUCUCAUCAGAUCUAGCAUGUGCAAUCGGACGACAGUGUAUUCGUGGGUGGCCAAUCAUUACUGGCAAACCGGCGGCAAAUGCGACUUGAACG